CCUCUUGUUGGCAUAUUAACCUUGUACAGUGUAGAGAAAGGCAGCACCAUGUCGAAAGAAAAUGGAGAUGUUACUACUUACACUGAAAGCAUUCAGAAGAGCUUACCUCAACUCUCCACAAUGAUAGACAGGUUCGGCAACAAGUUCCAUUUCGGCAAUGCCGGCGGCUACUGGCAUCUCCCCCUACCUAUAGGUUCCGACACUGACUGCAGGACACACCUUCGUAAUAUCAGAAACAUGGAGAUACGCCCUGAUGAUGUCUUGAUUUGCUCAUAUCCAAGGACAGGCCUCCACUGGCACCAAGAGAUUGUGGCCAUGUUGAUGUACAAGACAGAGAAACUGAGCGCAGAGAGAGAGAACAGCAUGCACUUCCUAGACGGGAGGCCGAUGCAUAUCUUAGACAGCAUGAAAUCACCAAGGCUUAUAGAAACUCAUGUGCCGUUUAGGUAUAUCCCCAAGCAAGCUUUGGAGAAGAAAAUAAAAAUAAUCCGCUUGGACAGAAAUCCAAAAGAUACUCUGGUCUCGCUCUACACUCUCCUUCAGAAAACUGCAGAGCCACUGCAUUAUCCUGGAACAUUUGAGCAGUUUGUCAUCCUUAAUUUAGAAGCUGGCUAUUUUUAUGGCGACCUAUUUACUUACCUGAUGGAAUGGCAAGAUGGUAUUGAUGCUAACCCUGAUGUUCCAUUCUACACAUCAGUGUACGAGGAUAUGAAAUUAGUCAGUGGUUUAUUUUCAAAUGAAAGCGUUGUUUCAUGA